GAUGCGGAUGCCGGGGGGACUUCCUGUGCCGGCCCCGCCGCCCCCGCCCCCGGCCCGGCCCGCUGCCCGCUGCCCGCCGCCCGCCGGACGCAAGCUCGGGCGGGCGGGCGAGCCAACGGGACCCCGGCGCGGGUCGGCCCCCGCCCGCCGGCUCCGGGCACCUGUGGCCGCCGGCGGACCCCGGCCGGACCCGGGCUGAUCCCCGGCUGGGCCGAGACCGGUGUCGCCCGGCACCCCCCGCGGCCCUCGCUCGGGACCCGCGCCCGGCCGGCCCUCGGCUCCCUCCCUGCACCCCUUCCCCGGGAGCCGACACCAACUUCAGCUCGCCAACUCCGCUCGGCCCCUUUUUGGGCCCAGGGCGACCUCCACCGCCCUGACCGCGACAGGCCGGCCGCAGUGCCCAGAAAGGCCCCCGGUGGCCCAGCGCCUCCCCGGCUCUUUCUGGAUGGAGGCGCCUCAGGAGGGAGCUGGCUGACGCUCCGGCCCGCGCUCUCCAGCCGCUGCUGACCACACCUCCCCUGGAGAGGAGGCCGCUGCGAGGAGCCGGAGAUGCUGCCCCAGCACAGUUGGCUCCCCGGGAUCUUGGUCUGAACGCUAGGAUGGAGGUGGGGGCCGCGACCGAGACCUUUGUGCUAGAGCUUCGGUGUCUUGAAGAUGGGGGCCCGGGGCGGGGCACCCUCUCAGGUGGCAGCGGUGGGGUUGAGAGUCAAGAGGAGGAAGAGGCUCGGGAGAAGAAUGGCAGCCCUCCACGGCCAAUAGGCUCAGCCCGGAUGGGGGCCAGGGGACUCGCCGAUGAAGCACAGCCCGGACAGCAGGACCUGCAGCGACAACAGCCAGAGCGGCUGCAAGAGCAGCUACUGCAAAGCCCGCCGUCAGGACUGCAGCUGGAAUUGCAGCAGCAGCAGCAAGCUGGGCAAGGCCGGCUGCCCCAACAAAACAAGGACCUGCCCGGAACACCCCAACCUGUGCCCCCUGGGCAGCUGAGAUCACAGCUGGGGCUGAUGCAACAGCAGGAACGAGCACAGGAGCAGCAAGAGCAGGAGCAACAACAGAAAUGGUUACAGCAGCAAGAACAAUUACAGCAGCAGCAGGAGCACCUGSAGCAGGAACAGUUACAGCAGCAGCARCMSCAGCACCUGCRGCAGGAACAGUUACAGCAGCAGCARCMSCAGCACCUGCRGCAGGAACARUUACAGCAGCAGCAGCAGCACCUGCAGCAGGAACAGUUACAGCAGCAGCAACCCCAGCACCUGCGGCAGGAACAGUUACAGCAGCAGCAACCCCAGCACCUGCAGCAGGAACAGUUACAGCAGCAGCAGCAGCACCUGCAGCAGGAACAGUUACAGCAGCAGCAGCAAUACCAGUUGCAGCAGCUGCAGCAACAGCAGGAACAGCAGAAGCAGGAGCAGUUACAGAUGCAGCACCUGCAGCAGCAGCAACAGUUAGAGCAGCAGCAGCUGCUGCAACAGCAAGAACAGUUGCAAGAGCAGCCACCGCCCCGUCCCCUGGAGCCAGAGGAGGAGGAAGAGGUGGAGCUGGAGCUCAUGCCGGUGGACCUGGGGACAGAGCAGGAACUGGAGCGGCAGCGGCAGGAGCUAGAGCGGCAGCAGGAGCUGGAGAGACAACAGGAACAGCGGCAGCUGCAGCUCAAACUGCAGGAGCAGCUUCAGCAGCUGGAGCAGCAGCUGGAGCAGCAGCAGCAGCAGCUGGAGCAGCAGCAGCUGGAGGGGCAGCAGGAGGUGCAGCUGGAGCUGACCCCGGUGGAGCUGGGAGCCCCGCCGCAGGAGGUGCAGCUGGAGCUGACCCCCGUGCAGCCGGAGCUGCAGCUGGAGCUGGUGCCCGCCGCAGGGGGAGGCGGGCCCGCGGCCCCGGGGGCUCCAGCCGCGGUGGUGGUGGCCCCGCCGGGCUAUGUGGUGCUGCAGGAGCUCAUGGUGCUGCCGGCCGUGGCGGCGCCCGCCGUGGUGGCCAUCCCGGGCCCCGCGGGCAGCGCGGCGCUGACUCCGGCCCGGCAGCGGCGGCGGCGGCGCGCGCGGGACCGGCCGACCAUCUGCGGGGAGUGCGGCAAGGGCUUCAGCCGCAGCACGGACCUGGUGCGCCACCAGGCCACACACACGGGCGAGCGGCCGCACCGCUGCAGCGAAUGUGGCAAGGGCUUCUCACAGCACUCCAACCUGGUGACGCACCAGCGCAUCCACACGGGCGAGAAGCCCUACGCGUGCUCCUACUGCGCCAAGCGCUUCAGCGAGAGCUCGGCGCUCGUGCAGCACCAGCGCACGCACACCGGCGAGCGGCCCUACGCCUGCGGCGACUGCGGCAAGCGCUUCAGCGUCUCGUCCAACCUCCUGCGCCAUCGGCGCACACACUCGGGCGAGCGGCCCUACGUGUGCGAGGACUGCGGCGAGCGCUUCCGCCACAAGGUGCAGAUCCGGCGCCACGAGCGCCAGCUGCACGGCGCCGGCCGCUCGCGAGGCCUGGGCCUGCUCCGCAGCACGCGCGCCGCCACGGGCGGACCCCCGCGCUCUGAGCAGGCGGCGGGGGCCGCUGACAAGGCGCCAUGACCGUGACCGGUGGAG